AUGGGGUUCCUUCCCAGUUGGAUUGAGGAGAGUCUUCCAGACCCCGAUGAGGUCUUUGCCUAUGACACGGUGAAGCUCGUGCGGAUCUUGGACCGACGCAUUGGGUUUGUCUACUGGGGCGUUCAGGCCCUGGUGGCUUUCUACAUGAUCGUCAUCGUCUUCAUCAUCAACAGGGCCUACCAAGACACCGAGAAGUCCACCGGUUGGAUGUUGACCAAGGUGGUGAAGCCCCAGAUGUCACAUCUGGGAAUCUCUUGGGAUGCCUACGAUCGCAUUACAAAUCCAGGUGAAUCUGGGGCGGUCUUCAUCCCUACCCGCGUGCUCGUGACAAGAGGUCAGACACAGGAGGAUGAGUACUGUGAGUCCCCCUCGCAUCCCUGCAAAGAGGCCAGGGAUUGCAAUGUGGGAGAUCCGAGGAUUCAAAAGAUGGAAUGUAGUGUCAAUGGCUUUUGCAUGCGGCGGCAGUGGUGCCCAGCCGAGAACGCCCAAUGGGCGACCACCGAGACGCAUUACCUGGACUUCGACAAGGUAGAGCUUUGGUUCAAGUCUUACGUCCAUUAUCACAAGUUUGGACUUGAUGUGUCCACUGCAGAUGAGAAGCAAUCCAUUCCUUAUCCUCAAAGGGGCGCCAAUACCUAUCGCCUACAAGACCUCAUUCGCAUGACAAACUAUGCGCCUGAGGAGUUUGUCGAGAAUGGUGCAGUGAUGAUUCUGAAUGGCCUUUUCGACUGCAAUCUGGAUACAGAAGUGUGCGAGAUGAAGGUGGAAACCGCCAACGUGGACACCAAGACAGGCUUCAAUCACGUCUAUGAGAAUAUCUACUACGAGGAUGGGGUGCGGAAGCGGGACGUCUAUCGAAUGUUCGGCAUUCGCGUGGUGACCUCCGCCACAGGCUUUGGUGGCAAGACCAAGUUCUCCCAGAUCGUGCUCCAGCUCUCUUCCGGCAUUGCUCUCCUGGGCACUGCUGAGCUGAUCGCGGACUUCUGGUUGAUGAACUGCGUCCCUGAACGGAAGCACUAUGCUGAGCAGAAGAUCCGCCAGAUGGAGUCAGUGAGCGACUGA